GCCCCGCGGCCCGGAGCUCCGAGCCCGUGGUUGCCGCGUCGCCCUCCGCCUGCGCCCGCCCGCGCGCCGCCCUGCGUGGGGGGCAGGGGCGGGGCGGAGGCGUUGGCCCUGCCACGUCUGGGCCGCAGUUCCCCGCUGUGGCGCUGGCGGGGCGGGAGGUGCGGCUGGCGCUGAAGCCGGAUCCGGAUCCGGUACUCUGCAGCCCCGUGGGGUAGAGUCCGACGCGCCUGGCGGCGAGUGCAGACUGCCGCGCCUCCGCGGAUCUUACUGGAAAGAUGAAACCUGACGAAACGCCUAUGUUUGACCCAAGUCUACUCAGAGAGGUGGACUGGAGCCAGAAUACAGCUACAUUUUCUCCAGCCAUUUCUCCAACACAUCCUGGAGAAGGCUUGGUUUUGAGGCCCCUUUGUACUGCUGACUUAAACAGAGGAUUUUUCAAGGUACUGGGUCAGCUGACGGAGACUGGAGUCGUCAGCCCGGAACAGUUUAUGAAAUCUUUUGAACAUAUGAAGAAAUCUGGGGAUUAUUACGUUAUAGUUGUGGAAGAUGUGACCCUAGGGCAGAUUGUUGCUACAGCAACUCUGAUAAUUGAACAUAAAUUCAUCCAUUCCUGUGCUAAGAGAGGAAGAGUAGAAGAUGUUGUCGUGAGUGAUGAAUGCAGAGGAAAGCAGCUUGGCAAAUUGUUAUUGUCAACCCUUACUUUGUUAAGCAAGAAACUGAACUGUUACAAGAUUACGCUUGAAUGUCUACCACAAAACGUUGGUUUCUAUAAGAAGUUUGGAUAUACAGUGUCUGAAGAGAACUACAUGUGCCGGAGGUUUCUAAACUAACGCUCUCCUCAGAGAAGUCACCACGCAGCUCAUGUCGCUGCGACCCGGGCCUCCAUCAGCACUGAACUACAGCACCGGAUGUGCUAUCCUCAGUAGAGUGACCUUUAGAAGAUACGACGGGCUGGUGGGGCAGGCUGUGAGUUUGGAUGAUAAAUACUAUAAAGGGGAUGAUUUGUAACCAAAGGAAUAUAUUUUUCACUUGAAUCUUUUCUUGCAUUGUAUUUUUCUAAAGUUCCGCUUUAUUUCUUGGUAGUGAACAGUAUGAGUAGUAAGGAGCUGUGCUGCUCAUUUUUUAAAAAAUUGACUAAGGCUGUUUCUUAUCACAUUCAUAGAAGUAUUUUUGUUUCAAAGAGAUAUUAUCUAAAUACACUUGUGGGUAUCAUUGCUCACACACUAAGUAUAGAAGUUGGAUUAAAUAUAGUGCAUCUAACAUUUGCUGAUCCUAAUAUUGGUAAAGAACGUGAUCAGCCUUUUUAAGAAUUAUGAAAUUGAUAGGAUUCAGAGUAAAACAAAUUUUUACCUAUCAAAAAUUCAUAGUUCCACAUAAAGUACUAUAUUAUCUGAAAUAUUAUUCAUUAGAAUUACCCAGUUUUUAAAGUGAACUAGCAACUCUUGGCAUAGGUACUUUUACCUUUCUUUUUUUAUGGGUACUGAAGCCUUUCUUUUGUUUAAUGUUUUUGUGAAACAUGGAAUAUUACAAAAUUGUGAGGAAUAUUUAAAAAUGUUUGGCAGUGCAUUUGUCACAUCCUUAAAAUGUUGAUGAUAGCUUUUCUAUUUAAUGUGAUUAUAAUGGUACUAUUUUUCUGGUCACUGUCCUGUUUUAUUUAUUUUAAUUAUUUUUUAAAGUUGAAGAAUUAAGGUACUUUAUUAAUGGCUCUAAUCUUUUGCAUUCCAUGUUACAUUAAAUUGUUCAUAUGAAUCAAUUCUCUGUUAGCA